GUGCAGAGGAACAUCCCGAAGCCAUUGGUGCCUCUUGGUGGGUCCAGAAGUUCCAGAGCCCUGGGCUCUGAGUGCCUGGAUCAGGUGUUUCUACAGGGACUGUCUUCACGGCUUCGUUCCUCCUGCAGAUUGUGGCAUCAUUAGACGCUGGACAGAUCCAAAGGCAUACAUAUGGCUGGAAGUGGAAAAGAGAGAAUGUGGACAACAACCAUUAUCAUUAGCUCCUCUCUUAAGAGUUAUGAAAUUGCAGCUGCUCUAGAAAAUCGAAGCCACAAGGUUCGGUAUUCAGAUACGCUGGAAAGUGGAUCAAUUGUAUUUUCUCUUUCUGGAGUUGCAUUUUUAUUGAUGGAUGCUAAAGAAUGCAUUACAGUAGCUGAGGAAAUAUUUCUAACCAAAAUUGAGAAGUUUAUUAACAUUCACCAGAAUAGUUUCUUGGUUCUGUCUGCCCCACUCCAUGGGCCUGAAGAGUGCAAUCUCAUGUCCAGGAUUCAGCAGAGAUUCUUGGGAAGUAAUUUGCGGAUACUUCCAGUACACAACACAGUGAAUGCUGUUGAUCUUAUGUGCACUAUAGCUAAGACUACCUCCAAACCAAACAUAGACAGCAUCUGCUAUAGGAUGAUAGCAACUAAAGCUUACAUCAUAGAGCAAAGUCCUGUUUGGAAAACGCUUCAAAAGAUAAAAUUGAAUACUGAUUCAGUUAGCCCAAAUUCAGAGUAUCAGUUAUAAAUGUCCUUUUGGAAGAAUAUGAAUAUAUUCCUUUUAAGUUACAGUGUUCAAAUAUAUAUAAGUGUUUAUAUUAAUUUACAAUAAUAAUAUGCAUACAAUUAAACAUUUUAUAUUUUAUAUGUUGGUUGAGUGAUUCCUUUAACAGUGUUUAGAAAACAAUUGGUACAGAGGUAGGAAGUAUAGCUUAGUGGUGCAGUGCUCACCUAGUAUGUGCAAGACCCUGGGUUAAAGCUCCAACACUACAGAAAAAAUAAAGAGAAAAUAACUGGUAUAUAUAUAUAAAACUCAAAUCAGUUUCUUACCGAUACAAAUAAAGUUGGAUGUACAAAUAUAGUAGGAAAUAAAACUACAGAAUUUGCUAAUUAGUUCUUUGAACUAAAGGAAAAGCCAUGUAUUUUUUUUUUUAGGUUUUUCAUGAGAAUAGCUAAUAUUCUAAAAUUAAUUUCUGUUGAUAUUUUCAUUCUACAACUGAUUUUUUUUUUCCAGUUUUUAGUUUUUAUAAGGCUGGCUUUGACAUACUGUAUGACUAAGGCUGGCCUUGAAUGCCUAACCUUCCUCCCUCUACCUCCUAAGUGCUAGGACUACAAGCAGGUACCACAUACAUUUUGAUUUCCUUAAGAUUGCUUCCAAGGGAGGAAAAGGGAGGGAAGCUCAAAAGACAACAAAACAAACAAAAAAAACCAGUCAACUGUUCUGAACUCAGACUUUCAACAUUUUUGCAGGGGUGAUAUCCAGGCUGACACUCUGAGCUCAGUGCUACAAAGCACCCAACAAGCAGAAAAUGCGUCUGGUUUUCUGGGGGUUUUGUUUGCUUGCUUGUUUUACAAAUUUGCUACAACUAUAAGGACAAAGCAUUUUGACUACAUUUCAUAAAAUUAUAAAACAAAAUUGUUGGCUUGUAUUGGAUCUUCAAAAGCAGUACUUGAGCCUUUUAAAAGCAAAGACUACUUAACUACUGAUCUAUGUGGCAUACAAACUGGCAAGUGAAAACCUGCAUUUCCAGCAAUGAGUUUUUGCAAAAAAAAAAAAAAAAAUGUUUUUUA